AUGGAUGGUAAUAAACAACAAACGGGGGGAAAUGUUGAUGUUAUUUCAAUGGUGAUUUGGUUAUCAACUGGCAAUGGUAAAUUUUAUGAACUGCAUGGUGAACGUGAAAUAAUCAAACAAGUUCUACCGCAAAGUCCAGAUAAUGCAUAUCGUUGGGGCUACUACAAUUCACCAGCUGAUCCUGAUCGUGAAUCGUACACCCAAGUUUUAGAAGCAUUUCUGAAUAAUGGUUUUCGAAUUGAAGGCAGUUCAGGCGCAGGUACGCAAGGCUUACUACGUACUCAAUAUAUCCUUGUCAAACGUUCAACAUCAUAA